AGCUGCCAGGCUCGAGCUUCCCUGCUCACGGAGUCCCCCUCCCCGCACGCCGCCGUUCGCUGUUCCGGGCGCGAUGUCCAUGUUCACCCGCUUCGUGGAGCCUGGCCGCCUGGCCGUGAUCACCUACGGCCCCUGCGCGGGCAAGGUUUGUACCGUCGUGGACAUCGUGGACCAGAAGCGCGUGGUCGUGGACGGGCCGUCGUCGGUGACUGGCGUCGCGAGGCACAUGAUGCCCGUCAAGCGGUUGAGCCUUACCGAUUUCAAGGCGGCCAUCCCCCGGGGCGCGCGCGAGAAGACCUUGAAGCUGGCGCUGGAGAAGGAAAGCAUUCUGAAGAAAUGGAGCGAGACAUCUUGGGGCAAGAAGCUGCAGGCAAAGGAGACGCGUGCGAAGAUGACCGACUUUGACCGGUUCAAGCUGAUGGUCGCAAAGAAGAAGCGCUCCGCCUUGGUGAAGAAGGCCCUGAAGAAAAAGUGAGGCUGCUGGCAGCGCCUGACAUGAGCGGCGGGCCCGAUCCAUGAAAAUGCUUUGGCACGCAGA